AUGGAUGCAGCCUGUCAGAUGAAGCCCGAAGCCUGGACGAUAUCGUCCAAUGAGGCAUUGAAGCUUUCUCUGGUAGAUGAGAACGGUGCGGUGCAGUUUUCACCUAUUUUUACUUACCCAAUAUUUGGCGAUUCCGAACAAGUUUUUGGAUACCAGAACCUUCAAAUGUUUUUGGCCUUCGAUUCAAUAACAUUCAAGCCUUUUACAAAUGUGAAGUUUGGUGCCAAGCUACUGGAUACUGUGGACGAUGUGCAAGAUAAAUUAUUGCAAUUCCUUCCCAAAGAUGUCAUUGUUAAAGACGAAGAGAAAUGGGUCGACGCGUUCAGUAAAGAGCGCGAGUCCUUCGUAUUACCAGAUGAUACAAACAGAAUUCAUUCUUACAAAGAUAACGGCGAUAAUUAUGCUAUCUUCAAGGUUAACCUCCAAGACUCAAACAUUAAAACCUUACAUGAUCGAAUGCAAAUUUUUGCUUUACUUUUCAUAGAGUCCGCAUCCUUCAUAGAUGCAGAUGACGAUGGAUGGGAGAUAUUCUUGUCUUUCAAUUUGCGGACGAAACAAUGCGUUGGUUACUGUACCACAUAUCGAUACUGGAAGUACAGAGGAAGUAGCCGCUUUGAUGAAGAUCCUGAAAUUUAUACUACAGCUAAGAUUUCUCAAUUUCUAGUGUUUCCUCCAUAUCAAGGCAAAGGGCAUGGUGCUGCACUUUACGACGCCAUAAGCAACACUUGGCUUGAAGAUCCUAGCAUUCUCGAGAUAACAGUUGAAGAUCCAAAUGAAAGCUUUGAUGUCCUCAGAGAUCGUUGUGAUUUUCGCAGGCUUCUCGCCGGUGAAUUUGGUAGAAGCAUUCCACAUGAGCUACCUAUCAGCGAGGAAUGGAUACAUUCACAGCAUGCAAAGCUAAAGCUAGAAAAAAGGCAGUUCAUGCGGCUAAUUGAGAUGUUUCUCAAACACAAGUUGUCAAGUAAUUUUCGUUUACAAGUUAAGAAAAGACUGUACGAAAAGAACUUUGAACUUUUGAGAGAUCUUGACGUGUCAGCGAGGAAUGACAAAUUGGAGACAGCCUUUCAAUCAAUCGACAAGGAAUAUGAAGAUGUGAUUUCUAGCGUAAUGCAGAGAAAGAGAUCAUUCCCCGGUGAAUCAGGACUACCCAGUAAAAAAAAUAAACUAAAUACAUAA